AUGCCCGAAGAAGAAGACGAUGACGACGCCAAGAAGAAACGAAAAAGGCAUUCCAAAAAGAAGCACUCCAAAGGCAAGAAGAAGCACUCCAAAGGAAAAAAGAAACACUCCAAAGGCAAGAAGAAGCACUCCAAAGGCAAGAAGGGCUCUAAAGGAAAGAAAAAGUCCAAGAAGGGCUCCAAGAAGGGCUCCAAAAAGGGAUCUCCAAAAAAGAAAGGAGGUUCCAAGGCCGGGUCUCCGGAGCGAGAGUCAGGAGCCGCGUCACCUGCUUCAAAAUCACCCUCACCCGCACAGGCAGCUGUGGGACCUGUGCUGUCGGUCGACUGGUCGAGAAGACGUAGCCCGUUCAACGACUUCGCAGCGCAGGGCUUCUACGGCGAUGGCAUGUCACCCAGCCAGGACCAGUUUCUGGUGAACGUGCAGUACUACGACAACGCCGCGCCCCCCGCCUACUACGACUACGGCGCUGCUGCGGCGCCCAUGAUGAUGCCACCGCAGUCACCCACGGUCAUGAUGGCGUCACCGAUGGCGGGAGACAUGAGACCCUUGCGGAGCGGCACUGUCAUCUCCUCUACUGAGCGCGAGUACUUUGAGGUCGAGGAGCGACGCGAGAAGAAGCGGGGAUCCAUGGGCGCGAUGGGCUUGAUGGGCGCGGCGGGCGCCGGUGGCGCCGCAGCCGGCAUGGCGGGCUCUUCGGAGGGCCUGGUCGGGGGCGGAGCCGCGGUCCCUGCCGCGGCUGGACUCAUCGGCGCCGCCGGCAUGGUGGGCGCCAUGCCGCUGCUCGACGUCAGCGACCAGGAGCUGUCGUCCAUCGAGAGGGACAUGCGCAAGAUGUACCACGACCGGUACCCCAGUGAAGAGACGACGCUGACGCUAUUUCCGGAGCGGUCCCUCAUCAUCAUCCUAGUGAUUAUCUUCAUCUUCGUCGUCAUAAUCGUCGUCUUGGCAGUCACGGGAAGCGGAACCAGUGAGUUGGCCCUAAGUACAAGAAGUACUACCAGAGGACCAUGGCCCGACACGAAGACAUACACCUUCACUUCAAAGACUCGACCCGCCAAUGUUCCUCCGGGCGACUACUACGUGUGCACGACUGACUACUGCGAGGCAGAAGGCACCUUUGUGUCGAGCGUACUGAGCGAGACGACGAAGCCGUGCGAUGAUUUCUACGACCACGUGUGCAACAAGUUCCAGGCGGAGCACACGGUGAACCUGCAGAACGCCGAUAUCAUCAGCACCGACACGCUACUCUUCAAGGCCAUGGAGGAUAGCAUGAAGUCCAUCAUCACCGGUACGUACACGACCAAGCCAAACGGCGGGGCAAAGACGCGAGGUCGCCAAGCGGGCACGGAGAAACUGUACAACCUUUACAACGGCUGCCGGGAUACAUCGUCUAAGCCUUCGGGAAACGCGAACAAGGAGUUCAACAGCAUCAAAGAUGACGCUGGCCUGAGCGGCUGGCCGUUCGCGCACUCCUCGGAUGGCUCCGACUAUGACGCCGUGUGGACGGCGGCGGCAAAGAUGUGUCGGCUUCUCGGCAUCCACGCCUUGGCCAAGCUCACCGUCGAGCCCGAUCCCGAGGAGGUCGACAAGUUCGUCGUUGCGUUGGACGAGCCGGACGUGUUCUUGCGCAAGAGCGACGUGCACCUCGACAAGUUGGUCAACUGGUACAUGGAGGCCGUGACCACAUCGCUCAAGGAGGGCGCCAAGAUAGCCGGCGUGGCCGACGUUUCCAACCACGCCAGUAGUGUCGUCGCCUUCGCCAGGAAGCUCGUCAAGAGCUUGAGCCUUCCGGACAAGACUAUCAUGGGAACCAACAGGUACAUGACGAAGACGGCAAAAGAAAUUCCCAUGAAGCUGCAAAAGUACGUGGGGAUCGUCGUGGACAUGGGGAGCCACCCUUCGUCUGUGCGGGACAACACCAGGGUCCUCCUGAAGUCGCCGGGGUUCAUUAACGAGACCUUGGAAGCACUCGUUAAAGAUCAGCAGAGCUACGUGGUGCUCAACUACCUCGGCUUUCGGCUGAUGGUGGCGCUGUCGCCGUACCUGUCGGACAGCGUGAGCGUGCUGCGCAACGUGUGGUACACCCAGUUCACCGGUAUGUACAAGCCGAACGUGGAACGCUGGCGAGCCUGCCUGCACAGCAUUGACCGCGCUGUGCCCCUCUACCUCCUCUACAUGUACUCGGAGUACCUGAACAAGACCUCCUUCAGGGAAGUAGUGGCUAGGAUGACCACCGACAAGAUCGGCCGUGUGUUUACGGAGAACAUCAACAGAACCCAAUGGAUGGAUGGCUUCACCAGGUACAUCGCGCAGAGAAAGAUCAUGUCCCAGAAAAUCUUAAGCUUUUACCCCGUGUGGGUUGCCAUCAGGGACAAGUUCAUGGACCACAUUUCCCAGCUGCCGGCGGCAACAGGCACAGACGCCAUCAAGCAGUACUUCACCUACGUGCAGCACUUCAGAGAUGACAUCUUCAAGGCGUACACGUCGCAGAAAGCCCGGAUGAAGCAGUGGCCCGGCAGCGUGUUCGACACUGACGUCAUGUAUGACAUCCAGAGGCAAGCCAUCUUCAUCCCAAUGGGUCUCUUCAACACAUCCGUGCCUACCAACAGUUCAGUCUUUGUUGUCCACUCUGCGCGCUACGGUGUCCGACUGACGAGAGCCAUGACGAGGAUGAUAUACGAAAAGAACUACUACUACGACACCGGCAAAGUGUUCCCCGAGAUGGUGUGGAGCGAGACGUCCGCCCAGAAUUUCGCCAAGAAGUUGCAGUGCUUCUCCAACCAGUACAGCGCACUCGACGACCCCAAUAACCCGGGCCGCAAGCUCAACGGAUCGACGGUGAGCGAGUCUGUGUUCGAGGAGAGCGCCGCCAUCAUGCCUGCGUUCAAGGCCUUCCAUCAGCUGCUGAACGUGUUCAGGAUAUGGCAGCGAGACUUCCGCCUGAUGAACGCCGAGCACCUCUCGUCGGACAAGCUCUUCUUCAUAUACUACGUUUUGGACAACUGUGUCAAGGCAAACCAAGACUACAUGAUGUACCAAAUGUACGGCACCAAUCAAGCCUUUGUAAAACAGAGGGUGAUGUUGGCGCUGAAGAACUCCCGCGAGUUCUCCCGGGUCUUCGGCUGCCAAGAGGGCAGCCCCAUGAACCCGCAACAGAAGUGCAUCGCCUGGGGCGGCUAGCCGUCGUCGACGGGCGAGUUCAAGAGAGCUGCUGACCGGAGGCCCCGUCGGGUGCCCCUGUGGCUUUGACACAACCCACUGCGCCCCCGGAAGCGCGGAGCGACAGCAUUUCGCAAGGGAGCCGCGAACGCCCGCCUCUCUACAAGAUGACAGCCCUUGCCUCGGCGACGUGCACGACCCCUGGCCCCUGACGCAGGAAACUCACUGUGUGCGUUUACCUGUGACGUCAAUAAAAAAACAUCGU